AAGGUUAUAAAAGGACAAGUACACACGAACGGAUGCCACGCCAUAUAGUCAGUCUCUCACCUCACAACUAACUUCUUCUGCUCUCCGUUUCUCCGUCAUUCCUUUCUUCAGAAAUUAUACAAAUUGCAAGUAUGAGCUUCAGUAGCGCAUCUGCUGGUUCAGUUCCUUUUUUAGGUGGUAAUGCUGCAAGAAAGGCAUAUGAGUUUGGACGGACUUAUGUGGUUAGGCCCAAAGGCAAGCACCAGGCGACUGUAGUGUGGCUACAUGGCCUUGGUGAUAAUGGUGGGAGCUGGUCACAAAUUUUGGAGACCCUUCCUUUGACUAAUAUUAAAUGGAUCUGCCCAACUGCUCCAACCCGGCCCAUUAGUUUAUUUGGUGGCUUUCCUUCUACUGCUUGGUUUGAUGUACAAGAACUAUCUGAAGAUGCUCUGGAUGAUGAAGAGGGACUGGAUGCUACAGUAGCGCAUGUGGUAAAUUUGCUGUCUACUGAGCCCACUGACAUUAAACUUGCUGUUGGUGGUUUCAGUAUGGGUGCAGCAAGUGCCCUUCAUACUGCGGUAUGCCACGUGUCCAGGAAAUAUGCUAAUGGAAAAGAGUUUCCAGUCAAUCUGAGUGCAGUUCUUGGGCUAAGCGGCUGGCUUCCUUGGGCUAAGAGCUUGAACAACAAGCUAGCUGCUAACGAGGCUCCAAAUCGGGCUGCAUCUUUACCUAUAAUGCUUUGUCAUGGCAAAGUUGAUGAUGUUGUUAAAUACAAGUUUGGAGAGAAAUCUUGGAAGGCGUUGUCUUCUAGUGGCUUUGGCGACGUCACAUUUAAAUCAUACGCUGGUCUUGGUCACUACACUCACCCUGAAGAGAUACAGGAUAUUUGUAGUUGGCUCAAAUCAAAAUUGAAUCUUGAUGGUUGAUGCCUGCCACAGUGGACGUGGAAACCUGAUAAAAGAGUGGGGGGAAUUCAUUUUUAUGAUUUAGGUUACUCUUUUACAGUGAGAUUUUAUGUGUUAAUUUCAGAGUUACUCGUGUUUCUCUGGUUUGAUUGUUUCACAUAUUAGUUUGUAUCCGGACAGAAGGUAUUGGUGAAUUGACCAAAUUUGCACUUUGAAUUGUCUGCUUAUAUGAUAAUUUGGUGAUGCAUUUUGUGGUCGGAGGGAAAAAAAAAUAUGUGAAAUUGCUCGAUAAUUUGUGUAUAAUGUGUUUGUUCUUUGUGCAA